GCCCCAAUGACUCCACAUCGAGACCAUGAAUUGAUUUCGGUCUCAGUACUUUCACAAAGAUGGAUUACUACGAAAAUAUCAUCCAUGAUAGAAAGCUUGUCCUCUGCCCUACAACCAGAGACUGGUCUGUACCAGAACUCCUCCAGCACUGUCCUUGUUGCCAUGACUUUUUGUUGUAUUGCUGCGCAUGCAACAACGAAUCCCUAUCAAACCGUGCAAGCCAUCGACCGGCUAUACUUUGCCACCACUUUCGCAUAAUAUUCACAGAUGGGGCGUGUACAGACAACGGACGACCUGGGGCAAAAGCAGGAGUUGGUGUAGCAUACGGCAACGAUGAUAGUAGCCAAUUGUCUAAACCCAUCACGGACAAAGUAGACAACUUCCCACUGUGA